AUGGAUACCUUUAAUCUGGAGAUAUUUCCAAACCCACUGGCAGUAUUUGUAAAUGAAGAUGUUAGUCUGAAAUGCAAGGUCACUGGCUUUGUUGGUGGAAAGUUCAACUUAACAAUGAUGGGAGUCAAAUGGACUCUUGACAAGGAAAUAAUAGUGUUUUCCUAUAAGAAAGGAAAUCAAGUUCAAAGUCGAUCCGGUGCAUACAUUUCUGAGGAUGAUUUACUGAAGGGAAUUGCUUCACUUCAUCUUCCGAAAGUACAGAUUGCUGAUGAAGGAAGAUACACUUGCACUGUGUUCAUUGUCCCUAAAAGUGCAGAACAGACUUCAACCAUGCAUGUGUUAGCCCGACCAAACAUUCGCAUAUCCUCAUAUUCCAUAACAAUUCAAAGUGGUUCGGAAGGCUCUCUGACAUGCAGCGCUAAUGGAUUUUACCCUCGGCAACUGGACAUCAGCUGGGUGAAAAUAACAAAAUUGAGAAUGGAAAAUGUUUCAUCAGAUUGUUAUACAAAUCAAGUCCUCACCAAUAGUGAUAACACUUUUAACGUUCACAGUCAACUGAAGAUUCAACCGAAAUUCAACAAUAACGGCGACAAAUACAGAUGUGUAGUGAGACAUCUAACACUUCCUGAUGAUUUCACAAUAGAAUCGGUUCUCACUGUGCCAGAACCCAGGAAUCAUUACUUUCCCAUUGCAACUAUAAUCUGUAUCUUGGUGGUAAUAUGCAUAACUCUUGGUAUUGGAAGUUACAUUUGGAGAAAACGAUCAAAAGACUCUUCAGAUAGCAAAAAGAGUGAUGAGGAAAGUCAAAAACUUUUGCACAAUGUAGCACCUGGCAGCAAAGUAGAAGGGCCGACAUCAGAAGAAGCCACAGCAAAUGGUGAUAAAGAUGAAAAGGAUAAAGGGAAGCCAAAUAAUGAAACUGGACCACAAAGUACAGCGCCGACAUCAGAACAAACCCCAGCAAAUGGUAACAAAGAUGAACAAGAGAAAGAGAAGACAAAGAAUGAAGCUGGAGCAGAAACGCCGACAUCAGAACAAACCCCAUUAAAUGGUAACAAAGAUGAACAAGAGAAAGACAAGCCAAAGAAUGAAGCUGGAGCAGAAAGUACAGCGUCGACAUCAGAACAAACCCCAGCAAAUGGUAACAAAGAUGAACAAGAGAAAGAGAAGACAAAGAAUGAAGCUGGAGCAGAAAAUACAGCGUCGACAUCAGAACAAACCCCAGCAAAUGGUAACAAAGAUGAACAAGAGAAAGAGAAGACAAAGAAUGAAGCUGGAGCAGAAAAUACAGCGCCGACAUCAGAACAAACCCCAUUAAAUGGUAACAAAGAUGAACAAGAGAAAGACAAGCCAAAGAAUGAAGCUGGAGCAGAAAGUACAGCGUCGACAUCAGAACAAACCCCAGCAAAUGGUAACAAAGAUGAACAAGAGAAAGAGAAGACAAAGAAUGAAGCUGGAGCAGAAAAUACAGCGCCGACAUCAGAACAAACCCCAUUAAAUGGUAACAAAGAUGAACAAGAGAAAGACAAGCCAAAGAAUGAAGCUGGAGCAGAAAGUACAGCGUCGACAUCAGAACAAACCCCAGCAAAUGGUAACAAAGAUGAACAAGAGAAAGAGAAGACAAAGAAUGAAGCUGGAGCAGAAAAUACAGCGCCGACAUCAGAACAAACCCCAUUAAAUGGUAACAAAGAUGAACAAGAGAAAGACAAGCCAAAGAAUGAAGCUGGAGCAGAAAGUACAGCGUCGACAUCAGAACAAACCCCAGCAAAUGGUAACAAAGAUGAACAAGAGAAAGAGAAGACAAAGAAUGAAGCUGGAGCAGAAAAUACAGCGCCGACAUCAGAACAAACCCCAGCAAAUGGUAACAAAGAUGAACAAGAGAAAGACAAGCCAAAGAAUGAAGCUGGAGCAGAAAGUACAGCGUCGACAUCAGAACAAACCCCAGCAAAUGGUAACAAAGAUGAACAAGAGAAAGAGAAGACAAAGAAUGAAGCUGGAGCAGAAAAUACAGCGUCGACAUCAGAACAAACCCCAGCAAAUGGUAACAAAGAUGAACAAGAGAAAGAGAAGACAAAGAAUGAAGCUGGAGCAGAAAAUACAGCGCCGACAUCAGAACAAACCCCAUUAAAUGGUAACAAAGAUGAACAAGAGAAAGACAAGCCAAAGAAUGAAGCUGGAGCAGAAAGUACAGCGUCGACAUCAGAACAAACCCCAGCAAAUGGUAACAAAGAUGAACAAGAGAAAGAGAAGACAAAGAAUGAAGCUGGAGCAGAAAAUACAGCGCCGACAUCAGAACAAACCCCAGCAAAUGGUAACAAAGAUGAACAAGAGAAAGAGAAGACAAAGAAUGAAGCUGGAGCAGAAAGCUUGGACUCCGCCAUUAAAGAACAGUGAAAAGACACUUCAUCAAGACCCUUCAUUAAAAUGUUUUUCAGUACAUGGUUUUAGAUGUCAUUAAGACUUUCCUUUAAAUUAUUAAGUUCUGCCUAUGUUGAACUUGCAUGCCUUUAAAUAUGAGGAUUUUGUUUUAUUCUGAAAGCAUUUCAAUCAAAUGUUUAUUAAUCAGUGCAGAAAUAAAGUU